CUUCUCUCGCUUUCCGUCUGUGUCUUCUCUCUCUCUCUCUCUCUCUCUCUCUUAUCUGUCUGAGUGUUUUAAUAUUUUUGAGCUUGUUCAACGCUCCAAAUAAAAUUAAAAAAUGAAAAUGUAAAUCAGUUAAUGAUUGUCACGUCCCCAGCAGCGAAUAGCAAGUAGCUUCUCAAGAAGACCCUUUCUUUCCUUCAGCCCAACUCCAUCCCUCCAAGACUCUCUCUCUCUCCCUCUCUCUCUCUCUCUCUCUCUCUCUGAGAGAGAAAGUUUCCUCAAAAAUCAAAUCUUUUCUUUUUCUUUUUUUUUUGUUUUGUUUUUUUUUUUUGUUUUUCUUGUUUUCAUAGCAGAAAAAACCGAUUUUUUGGUUUUUGUUUUCUUUGAAAAAAAAACAAAAUAAAAUUUCAAAUAAAAAGCCAUUUUCAUUGCCAGCCAUGACUGAGGUCCUCCAUUCUCCAUCCCAUUUCGCUUCUUCUUCUUCUCCAAGAACAAGCUCUUCUUCAUCCUCCGCUAACUCCUUAUCCUGCGCCCUCCCUCCUUCCUUAUCCUUCGCAUCCGCUCCCAAUGUGGACCACGACGAUGAGGAAGGAGUUUUGUCUAGGGUGACUGACUGUGACCCAGAAGAGGAGGAGGAGGAGGACAGGGACAAGGAGAGCAGAGAUCAGCUUUCUUUGUUGGCGUUGCUUGUCACCCUUUUCAGGAAAUCUUUGAUUGCCUGCAAGAGCGACCGGAGAGAGCUUUGUUCCAUGGAGAUCGGUUGGCCUACUAACGUACGCCAUGUUGCGCAUGUCACCUUUGAUAGGUUCAAUGGCUUCUUGGGUUUGCCCGUUGAGUUCGAACCCGAAGUCCCCAGGAGGGCUCCUAGUGCAAGUGCCACUGUUUUUGGAGUUUCUACGGAGUCUAUGCAAUUGUCUUAUGAUUCUAGAGGGAAUAGCGUGCCUACGAUUCUCUUACUUAUGCAAGGACAUUUGUAUGCUCUUGGAGGCCUGCAGGCGGAAGGCAUCUUUAGAAUUAAUGCAGAAAACAGUCAAGAAGAGUAUGUUAGGGACCAAUUAAAUAGAGGAGUUGUACCAGAAGACAUCGAUGUACAUUGUCUCGCUGGACUUAUCAAGGCUUGGUUUAGGGAACUUCCAAUGGGGGUUCUGGAUUCUCUGGCACCUGAGCAGGUAAUCCAAAGCCAGACAGAAGAGGAGUGUGCUGAGCUUGUAAGGCUUCUACCCUCAACUGAAGGAGCUCUGCUGGAUUGGGCCAUCAACCUGAUGGCUGAUGUUGUCCAACAUGAAGAUCUAAACAAGAUGAAUGCACGCAACAUUGCUAUGGUUUUUGCACCCAACAUGACUCAGAUGGCAGAUCCUUUAACUGCAUUGAUGUAUGCUGUACAAGUGAUGAACUUCCUCAAGACACUUAUAUUAAAAACACUAAAAGAAAGAAAAGAUUCUGUGAUAGAGCCUGCUCCUUCUCGACGCUUAGAGCCUUCCGAUGAGAAUGGACACCAGAGCCCUUCACAGCCUUGCACGGAAUAUAACUUCCAAGAGAAUGAAGAGAUGGAGCAAUUAUUGAUUGGUGAAGAGCCUGUUUUGGGACGUUCUCAUGACUCCAAUAAAAACAAUAACGUAAUCAAUGAAGCUACCGACAGUUUGGUGAGCUCUGCUGAGAAACAAAACUCUGAUCUGGUUGGGUCUUGUCAAACUGCAGCUCUAGUUGACACGUGCUUAAACAAAACAGAAACUGGAGUUCAAUUAUAUGUCGGAAGGAGCCAAAAUUGUCAAUCAAGUGAUACAAAUCUAAAAAAGGAGCCCAGAAAAAUAAUUGAUCAGCAACGAGUAAUACAGGGAAUGGUGCCUAUUGAGAAAACUCGAGGAAUGAGCACCCUCAGUCGCAUAGAUUCAAGGACAGAGUUGAUCGAAGCCUGGCGAUGAAGACAACCGUAAGAAUAGUUUGUCCCUAGCUGAUGAUAUGACAAUGUUGAGUGUUAGUUUGAUCAUUGAGGGAUUGGUGAGGCCAUGAAAUGUUCAUGUAUGUUCUUUGUUGUUUCUGGGGUGGUUUGCUUAACCUGAUCUGAUUUCGUAGGAAGUCACUCUCUCACAGCAUUACAUUAAUGUUUGCGUUGUGAAAUGUUUUUCAUUUGUAUGUUUCAUUUGUUUGUUUAACUUUUUAUCCGCAUGGAUCUUUCAUUUU